GAUAGCUAGAAUGGCGCAUACAGGACAAGCACAAGAAACUCCCCGAGGAGCUGGGGAGAGACCAGAACACGGUGGAGACCUUGCAGAGAAUGCAUACCACGUUCGAGCACGACAUCCAGGCCCUGGGCACUCAGGUGAGGCAGCUGCAGGAGGACGCGGCCCGCCUCCAGGCAGCCUACGCGGGUGACAAGGCCGAUGACAUCCAGAAGCGGGAGAACGAGGUCCUGGAGGCCUGGAAGGCCCUGCUGGACUCCUGUGAGGGCCGCCGGGUGCGGCUGGUGGACACGGGGGACAAGUUCCGCUUCUUCAGCAUGGUGCGGGACCUCAUGCUGUGGAUGGAGGAUGUCAUCCGGCAGAUCGAGGCCCAGGAGAAGCCCAGGGAUGUGUCAUCUGUUGAACUAUUGAUGAAUAAUCAUCAAGGUAUCAAAGCUGAAAUUGAUGCUCGUAACGACAGUUUCACAACCUGCAUUGAACUUGGGAAAUCCCUGUUGGCAAGAAAGCACUAUGCAUCUGAGGAGAUCAAGGAAAAGUUACUGCAGUUGACGGAGAAGAGGAAAGAAAUGAUUGACAAGUGGGAAGACCAAUGGGAGUGGUUAAGACUGAUUCUGGAAGUCCAUCAGUUCUCGAGGGACGCCAGUGUGGCCGAGGCCUGGCUGCUCGGACAGGAGCCAUACCUAUCCAGCCGGGAAAUUGGCCAGAGCGUGGACGAGGUGGAGAAGCUCAUCAAGCGCCACGAGGCUUUCGAAAAGUCUGCAGCGACCUGGGAUGAGAGGUUCUCCGCCCUGGAGAGGCUGACGACGUUGGAGCUACUGGAGGUGCGCAGGCAGCAAGAGGAAGAGGAGAGGAAAAGGCGGCCGCCCUCGCCCGAGCCGAGCACAAAGGUUUCUGAGGACACCGAGUCCCAGCAGCAGUGGGAUACUUCGAAAGGAGAGCAGGUUUCCCAGAAUGGUUUGCCGGCUGAACAGGGAUCUCCACGGAUGGCAGACACGGCGGACACGAGCGACAUGGUCAAUGUCGCCGCAGAACAGAGGACGAGUUCCAAAGAGUCCAGCCCCAUCCCCUCCCCCACCUCCGAUCGCAAAGCCAAGACUGCCCUCCCGGCCCAGAGUGCCGCCACCCUGCCGGCCAGAACCCAGGAGAUGCCUUCGGCCCAGAUGGAAGGCUUUCUGAACCGGAAGCACGAGUGGGAGGCCCACAACAAGAAAGCCUCCAGCAGGUCCUGGCACAAUGUUUAUUGUGUCAUAAAUAACCAAGAAAUGGGUUUCUACAAAGAUGCAAAGACAGCUGCUUCCGGAAUUCCCUACCACAGCGAGGUCCCCGUGAGUCUGAAAGAGGCCAUCUGUGAGGUGGCCCUCGAUUACAAGAAGAAGAAACACGUGUUCAAGCUCAGACUAAAUGAUGGAAAUGAGUACCUCUUCCAAGCCAAAGACGAUGAGGAAAUGAACACAUGGAUCCAGGCCAUCUCCUCUGCCAUCUCCGCUGAUAAGCACGAGGUGUCCAACAGCACCCAGGGCACGCCAGCAUCCAGUCGGGCGCAGACCUUGCCCACCAGUGUCGUCACCAUCACCAGCGAGUCCAGUCCCGGCAAACGGGAGAAGGACAAAGAGAAAGACAAAGAGAAGCGGUUCAGCCUUUUUGGCAAAAAGAAGUGAACUCCUUCCCUUCACCUCCUGCCCUUCUCUUACCUUUUCAGUGAAAUUCCAGCAUGCAAGCUCAGAACCAACACAUUACUCUCUGUGCCUAAUGUUCCUCAAUGUGGUUGAUUUUUUUUUUUCUAAUUUAUAGAGCAUUUCUGGGGGUGGGUCCGGGGGGAAAUACACCUAAAUACUUUAUCUCCAAGUUACAAAAGUUUGAGGUGCAGAGGGAAGACCAGAUUUUUUUAAUGAAAUUAUAUAGAUUAGAUCUCAAUAUUUAAACUGUUCCUCAAUUUUGUGAGGCUGUGUUGGGAAUAACUCGCCUCUAGUGCUGUUGGUAUGCAAGGCAGCGGUGCUUAAAACAAUAUUUCCUGUGCUCUCCAGAGACACAAUGUACCAAUGUCCUGACACCAUUCUCUGCCAUUCACUCCCGUGGUUACCUUGAGUUUUGACUAUUAGAAGUGCCCGCAAUGGGACUGAUGCUGAUUUAGGCAGAUCGUGUCCUAGGAUCUCGCUGCAGCCUUAGUGCAGCUCCAUGCUAACUCUACAGACCAAACCGUGCGUAUCCGGCAGCACUUACUAACCCACGACAUGCGGCUUUUCUGCAUCACCUGUGACGACGGUCAAGAAUGUCGGUAUCCAAGAAAGGAAUAGAAAACUGAUACUGUUUUAAAUAAUCUGUAAUUUCAAUUUUUUUUUUUUUUUUUGCUGAAAUACAUUAUAUUGUAUGUUUGAGAUAAUUCUAGUACAAAGUAUAAUAAAACUAGAUGUAUAAUAAACCCUUUAAAUCAUUGGUAAGUGUACAAGUGGAACUGAAGCAUUUACUGGACAAAGUAACGUUACUCUAAUGGUUACCUGCUCGUGCGUGGCCACACUGUGUUAUAAUUUGCUUCAUUACCUUGCUCUUUGAUACAUAGUGUGCAUUUCUCUGUCACUGUAACGGUUGUAAUGACAAAUUUUCAUCCUACUGCACAAUCACAAUGGCAUCGAUAGGAAUGAACUCCAGAGGCCGGGCCUGAGCAGGGAGGCGGUCACUCGGGCCCGGUGCUCAGUCGUAUGACCUGGACCUCUCAACUUUUGCCCUCUCUGUUAAAUAUAUGCUAUGUCAUUAAA